AGCAGAAGCAGAAGUUCAAAUUCUUGAGUGAGGAAGCGGCCGCAGUGGCAGGAGAGCGUCCUGGAGACCGACGGGGAAAGGGGCCGUAGCUGCAGCCACAGCCCCAAGGUGCAGGGGUCCUCGAGGGAGUCCGGGCGGCAGGCUGGCUGCCCCCCGCUCCGUUAAUCAUCCUGCACAAUCCUGCCCGGGGGCAGGGCGUCCUGGCCACAGGUGCCCAUCAGAGAAGUAGCCAGGUUUCCGUUUUUCCUCAUUUUGCCCGUCUUUUGAAGAAUUUUAUUUAAAAUGACCGCCAAGAUCAGCUUAGACACACUUCCUGAAUACGAGAAGAGUCAGAUCAAGCGGACCCUGGAACUAGGAACUGUCAUGACUCUGUUUAGCCUCAAAAAGUCUAACCCUGAGAGGAGGACGGUCCAGGUCAUCACAGAGACCAGGCAGGUGGCCUGGAGCAAGACGGCUGACAAGAUCGAAGGAUUCUUGGACUUAAUGGAGAUAAAGGAAAUCCGCCCAGGGAAGAACUCAAAGGACUUUGAACGUGGGAAAGCCAGUCGUCAGAAAGAAGAUUGCUGCUUUACCAUAUUUUAUGGCACCCAGUUUGUCCUCAACACCCUGAGUUUAGCAGCGGACUCCAAGGAAGAUGCUACUAAAUGGCUUUGUGGCUUGACAAUUUUGCACCAAGAAGCCCAGAGUGCCUCAACGCCAGCUAUUAUUGAGAGCUGGCUAAGAAAGCAAAUUUAUUCUGUAGAUCAAACUCGGAGAAAUAGUAUCAGCUUUAGAGAACUGAAGACCAUUCUUCCCUUAGUAAACUUCAAAGUUAGCAGUGCCAAGUUCCUGAAAGACAAAUUCCUGGAAAUAGGUGCCUACAAGGAUGAACUCAGCUUUGAACAGUUCCACUUAUUCUACAAAAAGAUGAUGUUUGAGCAACAGAAAUCAAUUCUUGAUGAGUUCAAAAAAGAUUCGUCUGUGUUUAUUCUGGGAAAUACAGACCGGCCAGAUGCAUCUGCCGUUCACCUGCAUGACUUCCAGAGGUUUCUGCUGCAUGAACAGCAGGAAAUCUGGGCACAGGAUCUAAGUAAAGUAAGAGAGCGGAUGACAAAAUUUAUAGAUGACACUAUGAGAGAAACAGCUGAGCCCUUCCUAUUUGUCGAUGAGUUCCUCACUUACCUGUUUUCAAAAGAAAACAGCAUUUGGGAUGAUAAAUAUGACUCUGUUGACAUGCAAGACAUGAAUAACCCCUUGUCUCAUUACUGGAUUUCUUCAUCUCAUAACACGUACCUCACUGGGGACCAACUUCGAAGUGAAUCUUCUACUGAAUCAUACAUUCGAUGUCUUCGAAUGGGUUGCCGAUGUAUAGAGUUGGAUUGCUGGGAUGGGCCUGAUGGGAAGCCAAUCAUCUACCAUGGCUGGACGCGGACGACGAAGAUCAAGUUUGAUGAUGUGGUGCAGGCCAUCAGAGAUCAUGCUUUUGUCUCCUCACAGUUCCCAGUGAUCCUCUCCAUUGAAGAGCAUUGCUGUGUAGAACAGCAACGUCAUAUGGCCAGGGUGUUUAAGGAUGUAUUUGGGGACCUCCUCCUUACAAAGCCCACUGAAGCCAGUGCCGACCAGCUGCCAUCCCCUGCCCAGCUGAAAGAAAAGAUCGUCAUCAAGCACAAGAAGCUGGGUCCCAGAGGAGAUGUGGACAUCAACAUUGAAGACAAGAAGGAGGAAAAAAAGCAGCAAGGGGAAUUGUACAUGUGGGAUACCAUUGAUCAGAAGUGGUAUCGCCACUAUUGUGCCAUAGCCGAUGAGAAGCUGUCCUUCAGUGAUGUUAUAGAACAGAACGCAGAGGAGGAUUCAGUAAAGGAUGUAGCACAGACUGACCUGCAUUUUGGUGAGAAGUGGUUUCAUAAGAGGAUGGAGAAGAGGACCAGUGCUGAGAAACUGCUACAGGAAUACUGUGCUGAAACUGGGGGCAAGGAUGGAACCUUCUUAGUCCGUGAAAGUGAAACUUUCCCCAACGACUACACACUGUCCUUCUGGAGAUCAGGCAGAGUCCAGCACUGUCGAAUACGGUCGACUCUUGAGGGAGGAGCCAUGAAGUAUUAUUUAACUGACAACCUCAUGUUCAACAGCAUCUAUGACUUGAUCCAACACUACCGAGAAGCCCACCUGAGAUGUGCUGAAUUUGAGCUUCGUCUGACAGACCCAGUGCCCAACCCCAAUCCUCAUGAAUCAAAAGCUUGGUACUAUGAUAGCCUGAGCAGAGGAGAAGCCGAAGACAUGUUGAUGAGAAUUCCCCGAGAUGGAGCCUUCCUCAUUAGGAAAAGAGAAGGGGGAGAUGCAUACGCCAUUACUUUCAGAGCCAAGGGAAAAGUGAAACAUUGCCGGAUUAACAAGGAUGGACACCACUUUGUGCUGGGGACGUCUGCUUACUUUGAAAGUUUGGUGGAAUUGGUCAGCUACUAUGAAAAGCAUGCACUUUACAGGAAAAUGAGACUGCGCUAUCCUGUGACUCCAGAGUUGCUGGAGCGUUACAACACCGAAAGGGACAUAAAUUCACUCUAUGAUGUCAGGAUGUAUGUGGAUCCCAGUGAAAUUAACCCCUCAACGCCCCAGAGAACCGUGAAGGCUUUGUAUGACUACAAAGCCAAGCGUGGGGAUGAGCUCAGCUUCUGUCGGGGUGCCCUCAUCCACAACGUCUCCAAGGAGCCUGGUGGCUGGUGGAAGGGUGAUUAUGGAGGAAGGAUUCAGCAAUAUUUUCCAUCUAAUUAUGUGGAGGACAUAUCAACAGUUGAUUUUGAAGAGCUGGAAAAACAGAUUAUUGAAGAUAACCCUUUAGGAUCUCUGUGCAGAGGAAUCUUGGAUCUUAACACCUAUAAUGUUGUGAAAGUACCACAUGGAAAAAACCAGAAACCAUUUGUCUUCAUCCUGGAACCCAAGAAACCCAAUGAUCCUCCCAUCGAAUUUGCGACUGACAAAGUGGAAGAGCUCUUUGAGUGGUACCAGAGCAUCAGAGAAAUCACCUGGAAGAAUGCAACAGUGGAGACCAACAUGAAGUACUGGGAGAAGAACCAAUCAAUUGCCAUAGAACUAUCCGACUUAGUUGUCUACUGUAAGCCAACAAGUAAAACCAAGGAUAAUUUAGAAAAUCCUGAUUUUAGAGAAAUUCGCUCUUUCGUGGAGACCAAGGCUGACAGCAUUGUUAGGCAGAAGCCGAUUGAUCUCUUGAAGUAUAAUCAAAAGGGAUUGACUCGGGUCUACCCAAAAGGCCAAAGGGUGGACUCAUCAAAUUAUGAUCCUUUUCGACUUUGGCUCUGUGGCUCUCAGAUGGUCGCUCUGAAUUUCCAGACAGCAGAUAAAUAUAUGCAGCUGAAUCAUGCUUUAUUUGCACUUAAUGGCCGGACUGGCUAUGUAUUGCAGCCUGAAAGCAUGAGAAAUGAAAAUUAUGAUCCAACACCCCCGGAAUCACAAAGGAAGAUCCUGAUGACCCUGACAGUGAAGGUCCUGGGGGCUCGCCAUCUACCCAAGCUUGGACGAAGCAUUGCCUGUCCAUUUGUAGAGGUGGAAAUUUGUGGGACUGAGUAUGAUAACAACAAAUUCAAGACGACUGUAGUGAAUGAUAAUGGCCUGAGUCCAGUCUGGGCGUCUACUCAGGAAAAAGUGACAUUUGAAAUUUAUGACCCAAAUCUCGCAUUUCUACGUUUUGUUGUUUAUGAGGAGGAUAUGUUCAGCGAUCCCAACUUUCUGGCACAUGCUACUUAUCCCAUUAAAGGAAUCAAAUCAGGGUUUAGAGCAGUUCCUCUUAAAAAUGGUUACAGUGAAGAUAUUGAGCUGGCCUCCCUUCUGGUUUUCUGUGAGAUGCGUCCUGUCUUGGAAAGUGAAGAAGAGCUCUAUUCUUCCUGUCGCCAGCUUCGAAGGCGACAAGAGGAGCUGAAUAACCAACUCUUCCUGUAUGACACUCAUCAGAACUUACGUAAUGCCAGCAGAGAUGCCCUGGUGAAUGAAUUCAACGUCAAUGAAAAUCAGUUGCAGCUGUAUCAGGAAAAAUGUAACCGGAGAUUAAGGGAGAAGAGAGUCAGUAACAGCAAAUUCUACUCCUAGAACAAGCUUGCAGUUUGGGGACUCUGUAUAUGUGUGUGUGUACAAGAGAGAUAAACAGAGAGUACUUUACUAAGAUCUUCAGAAGAUGCAAAUCUGUGAAGUCACCACUCCCAAAGAGCUGUCUGUCAUCAGGAUGACUUCCCUUAAGAAGAGCCAAGCAGGAUUCACCAUGAUGACUUUCUGUUCUCUCUCCUCCAUUUGAUAACCUUUUUUUUUUUUAACUUAUGUUCUGUACAAAUUAUACAUAAGAUAUGUGGCUUGUUUUCUGUGACCAGUACCACAGUCCUCCCUGAAUAAAGGCAAGCAAAAGUUCUGUAAGUUAGCCUUCUGUAUUUGCUGAGCAAGGAUGGCUUCUCUGCCAAAACACCUCGAUUUUCAUUGAACCAGGUAAUUGACGACUUUGGUGGCAGAUGAGCAAGAAUCAUUUUGUGGCUAACUUGCUAGAUGCUGAGGAUUUUUAUUUGAAAAGAAAGACCAUUUUUCCUUACCUCAUCUAUGUUCACUUGCAUGAGGAGCGCAGAAGGAAGUUUUCCCUCUUGUCUCACUCUGUCAGUGGUCUCAGCCUUGCCGCUCCCUUCUUGCAACAGCUGCUACUCCUGUUGGUCAUCCUGCCCAUAUCAUAUGUCAAUAGACAUUUAACAUGGCAGCUUAGGAUAAUUAUUGAUUUACUGAAUCACUUUACAUGUGAAUACAAGUUUUACAUGCUCUUAAUAUUACAGAGACUGGCCUUCUGACAAUCUGAAUUGUCAGGGAAAUUUUGAAGUCUCUCUUUUUAAAAGUGAUUGUUGACUGACAAGAUGAUCAAAUAAAUUAAUGUUUCCCUUUACGGCUUGGACCUCUAGGAAAGCAUGAUUUUCAAGUUAUUUGUGUGUCAAUAGUUUUAUAGCCCUCUGAGCUUCAAGGCCAAGAGCAUGCCUGGGGAUGGAACAAGGCCAGCUGAGCUGUAGGAUACAGCAUGUUGUAGAUCUUUGUCCUUGCUUGAAGGCAGUGGCCUACGAUGGGCUCUUCCUUGCAUAAGAGGCUAAAUCACAGCUAAAGUCUUCAAUCUGAUUACUUUCUGGUUCUUUUGCUUGUUUCAAGAGAUAGUGAGUUAGGAGAUGGUUAUUUCUUGAGAGCAUUCCUUACCAAACUUUUUGAAUAUUUGUUGAGUAACAUGAGGAAGGUGAGAAGACAGGAGAAGCACAUGAAAACAUUACAGAAACCUAAAAAGAGAGAGGAAUCCUGUGUGCUUCCUUAUAAAACUCACAUUGGAAAAGCUUGGUCCCUAGUCAUUGCAGAUUUUUGUGCUGAGGGAGAUUCAUGAUUAAGCCCUUUUAAUAUUGUUUGGGAUUUCAAAAUGUAUAUAUUUGAUUCAUAUUCUGUUUGGCCAGUGUUUAACCUUACUCUUUAUUGUGAUUUCAUGGGCAUAGGGAACUCUCUGGUGUGGAAACCUCCCUUCACGAAUGCAAAUUAGUGAAACUGUCUGAAAUGUAUAGUCAUAGAGAGUUGCCAUAGGACUUGGAUGUUGGGUGACUUGUUCAGAUUACAUCGGCAGUAUAUGUGAGAGGUAGGGCCUGACCUAGGUCUUCCUGACUGUAAGGCUGGUCCUCUAUACUUUAUACAAUGCUGCCUCUCAGUCUUACCCUGGUGCCUUUGGAAUACUUCCUCUUAAACCAUGCAAAUGAUAAUUUGUGAUAAGCUAUUUUAGGAAAGGAUGAUGUUGGGGAAUUCUUAUAGUCAGGACUUAUUGAUAAGUUGCCAUUCAGAGUGAAUUGAGCACCAACUUGGAAGAAAAGGUUGUUUUGUUUUGUUUUUUAAUCACCCAGUCCAUUUUACUACUACCAAGAAUUGUCAUGAAAUGGGUCUGAGAAGGAGGAACACAGCAAUGAGCACACAAGUAUAAUUAUUAGUCAUGGACAUCUGUGUGGAAUUGGGGAUGCAGGUGGGGCAGAACAGCUUCUUCUUCAAGCAGAGAACUCUUUUUGAAAGCACAGCCUUACAUUAUGGUAAAACUGUUACACACAACCACCUGCUUAAAGACCUGCCCCCCUCCCCAAUUCAGUGCUUCUUUUAAAGAGUUGUAACUCAAUUUUUUCUAAAACUGUGAACUUUUAGAUUUAUCCAGUGGAAGCCAAUUUGAAUGGAUUUAUUUGGCUUUAUUACUUGUUGAACAUUCACUGUGGUGGGGGAGGGUGGUUAAUGAAGUAAAUAUAUUUAAUUCUACAUAUUACUGAGCAAAGACUAUUUCAUAUGGUCCAAAAGGCUUUCACAACUAGCCCAAAAGGAUAGCCCUGGCACAAAUGUUGCUGUGAAGCGUCAUUUAGGAACUGCUCCCAACUCUGUUAUCCCCAUCACAGUUUAUAUGUAUCAAUCAUGCUUUUUUCCUUCCCUUGUCACAUUUUCCUCUCAGCUUAAUUACUCCUUGGUUGGUGAUAUCACCUUUUUUCUUUUUUUUUUUCUCCAGCCUGGCAAUAGAUGGAAGGUUUAGGUAUAGACAUUUGAACCAAACCCUUCUCCCAGGACAGCACCUAGGCUCCAAAGGCUCCCCUUAAUCUAGUCCUUUGCAUCAGUCUACAUAAGUCUGAAUGCUAUUCAGUCCUAGCACAGAUAGCAAAGGAGCCCAAGCCCAGGUCCUCUUAAACGAGAUAUUUGCAGCUACUAUUUUGAAAUUCUGCUGACACUUACUAGCUGUAUGACCCUGGGCAAGUCACUUAACCCCAAUUGCCUUAAAAAAAAAAGAAAUUCUGUGAAUUUCGGAACCAAUACACACACACACACACACACAAACAAACAUGAUUGGCAUGUUUUUGUGAUGCUCAAUUUUUGAAGGGCACCAGGAAAACUCAGCUACCCCAAAUUAUCUUACUCACCCAGGUUUUACCACCCCAAAUUCCACCAUUAGAGAUUUAUUCCUUUGGGUCCUUAUUUCUGUGAUUCCUUAAAAUCUACCUGGAAAGGUAAUAUAUUACUUUUAUUCACAUUAAUUUAUUAGUAACUAAUCAGGUUAUUUUUCUCUGGAAAAAGGUAGUUGGGAAGAUGAUGGACUCACAAUUUUUUUCAGAGCUAGCCUUGCAUCUUUAUUAAAAUAUAGGGAUAAAAACAAUGAUUUUGCAUUAUCCAAUGCAUAUUCCAAUGAAUACUAAUAAUUAACAAUAUGUUUUAGAGCCAUAGUUGAUAGAAUGGCUCAAGUAUCAUACCCCUGUAAAGAUAAGUAUGUGUGUACGUACACACACACGCACACACAUACAUAUGCACCCCUCUGGCAAUUCUAAAGGAUUCAGACAAAUCAAAUUAAUCCCUUGCACAAAAAUUCCUUCUGGCAUGGAGAUGCAAUGUCUCAGUGGCAUCUAAGGGAGCUUCUUAAUCUUGAACCAUAAAAAUAUAGAGAGAAUGCUUUCAUUUUUACUUCAUAUUCAACUUGAGACCCCUGAAAUCAUAUUUUGAUCAACAAGAAUAGAUAAUUAGAUUUAGAGCAGACAGAAUUUUUGAAGAAUUUGAACAUCCAGAUAUUUGUUAGAUGAUCCAUUGAGGUUUGGCUGAAGAUUUCUUCUUUUAGAGAUUACGCCCUGUUUGCUAGAUUUCACUGCUGCCUUGUUUUCAGCACCCAGAAAUCUGUCUAGGAUUUUGAAAUCCCAUUGUGCCUGCUUUUCUUUAGACUAUGAGUGCUGCAUUUGUAAACUUGUGUGUUCUAUUAUUAAAGCUUAAUUUAUUUUUAUAUAAAUAUCAUGUGCCUAUGUGUAUAUAGCAAAGACUAUGUGGAUUAUCUCCCUGACAGUGGGCUGAUAUUAAUGCUGUGAUGGAUUAAAUUGCUCAAUUGUAUUUUAA